GGGAACGCAGUUUUCUCGCGUCCGCCCUAACCCCUUCCCGCCCCUCCACCGAGGCGGCGUUGCUGCCCCGGGUGACAACAUUUUGGCCCGGCCGUAGGGCCCUGUCAUGGAUGAAGGUGGUUCCCGCCUCCGCCGGCGGGUCUCUGUCCGCAAACGGAACCGCCGCAGCCUAGGGCCCAUUUGUGCCGCCGCCGAGCUCGUGCCGGAGAAUGUGGAUGAGGAGCAGAUGGUGGCGGGGAGCCGGCGGCGGAGAACCGUGGGCGAGCCACCCGUCGAGCACAGUGACAGCGAGGAGGACAUGUUUGGUGGCUAUGACAGCUUUGCUGAAAACUCUUUUUUAGCUCAAGUUGAUGACCUUGAACAAAAAUAUAUGCCGUUUCCAGAGCAUGAGAAAUGUGUUACAGACCCUGCCACUGAAGAUCUUUAUUUAGAAAGCAUCCACAAACGUAACGCCACCAUUAUUGCCCGAGACCAUGUCACCACAUUGAACACUGGUGCCCACCACAGUAAGCAUGAGGAUGCUGUUAUUGAACCGGAGACUGAUCUUUUAUAUGAUGUACCUUCUUCACAGGUUUUAUACUUUGAAAAUUUGCAGAACUCCUCAAAUGAACUGGACAAUCAGUUUAGCAAAAAAAAGGAUUGGAAUCUACCCUCUCACCAGACAGCGAAAGACAAAUGGCCCCCAAACUGCAUCGAGCCACCCCAGCAGAACGAUGCCUCGUCUUCUAAAGUCCAAACAAGCUCAGAUGCGAGCAGGAGGAGAAGUCUUAGAGAUCAUCUAAAAAGUGCCAUGACGGAAAAUGCCAAGGCACAGGCACCGGUUUUUUCUAAGACCAACCAGCUCAAAGAGACUCUUCUAUUUGAAGAAAUUAAUGUCGCUAAGAAAAUGCUUGAGUCGCCCUCAGAUGACCGCGGUCCCUUUUAUUCACUCCCCAGCAAAGUGAGAGACCUUUACCUUCAGUUGAAGGGAAUCGAAAACUUAUAUGAAUGGCAGCAUACUUGCUUAACUCUGAGUUCAGUGCAAGAAAGAAAAAAUUUGAUCUACUCCUUGCCAACGAGUGGUGGGAAAACCCUUGUGGCUGAGAUUUUAAUGCUACAAGAACUGCUUUGCCGUCGGAAAGAUGUUGUAAUGAUCCUGCCAUAUGUGGCCAUUGUCCAAGAAAAGAUUUCGGGCUUGUCAAUUUUUGGCAUGGAGCUGGGUUUCUUUGUCGAAGAAUAUGCUGGAAGCAAAGGGAAAUUUCCUCCUGUCAGAAGAAGGGAAAAGCAAUCACUGUAUAUUGCCACUAUUGAAAAAGGGCAUAGCCUGGUGAACUCCUUGAUUGAAAUGGGAAGAAUUAGCGCUCUGGGUCUGGUGGUUGUCGAUGAGUUGCACAUGAUUGGUGAAGGAAGCCGAGGGGCUGUACUGGAAAUGACUCUAGCAAAAAUCCUCUACACCAGCAAAACAACUCAGAUCAUUGGUAUGAGUGCGACACUGAACAAUGUUGAAGACCUACAAGAGUUCCUUAAAGCUGAGUAUUAUACCAGUCAGUUUAGACCAGUUGAAUUAAAAGAAUACCUGAAAAUAAAUGAUGAGCUAUAUGAGGUUGACAGCAAAGCUGAGAGUGGCAUUACUUUUUCACGUCUCCUUACUUAUAAGUAUUCUGAUACCUUGAAAAAGAUGGAUCCUGAUUGCUUGAUAGCGUUGGUAACAGAAGUUAUUCCCAAUUAUUCCUGCUUAGUUUUUUGUCCUACUAAGAAGAACUGUGAAAAUGUAGCAGAAAUGAUAUGCAAAUUUUUAAGCAAGGACUAUCUGAAACACAGGGAAAAAGAAAAAUCCGAGAUGAUUAACAACUUGAAGAACAUCAGCGGUGGCAACAUAUGCCCUGUUUUGAAGAGGACUAUCCCAUUUGGAAUUGCCUAUCACCACAGUGGCUUAACCAGUGACGAAAGGAAGCUCUUGGAGGAGGCCUACUCCACAGGAGUCCUCUGUCUUUUUACCUGCACAUCGACCCUCGCGGCAGGUGUCAACCUACCAGCUCGAAGAGUUAUUUUAAGAGCCCCCUAUGUUGCGAAGGAGUUUUUAAAGAGGAAUCAAUAUAAGCAGAUGAUUGGCAGAGCUGGCCGUGCUGGGAUAGAUACUGUUGGGGAGAGUAUCUUGAUAUUGCAAGCAAAGGAUAAGCAACAGGUACUGCAGUUAAUAAACAGUCCAAUGGAAAACUGUUAUAGCCACCUUGUUCAGGAAUUUGCCAAGGGGAUCCAGACUUUAUUUCUCUCUUUGAUUGGUUUGAAGGUUGCAACAAAUCUGAAUGACAUAUGUCACUUUAUGAGGGGCACACUUUUGGGAGUUCAGCAGAAGAUUUUGUUGAAAGGAAAAAGCCUCUCGGAAAUAACUAUGGAAUCACUUAACUGCCUGGCAGAAAAAGGACUCCUACAAAAAGACACGAUUUAUAAGUCUGAAGCAGAGUUCCAAUGUAAUUUCCAGAUUACAAAGUUGGGACGAGCUUCUUUCAAGGGAAUGAUAGAUCUGGCUUACUGUGACAUUCUCUACAGAGACUUGAAGAAAGGCCUUGAAGGACUUGUGCUUGAGAGCCUUCUUCAUCUAGUCUACCUGGCAACCCCCUAUGAUAUGGUUUCCCAGUGCAACCCUGACUGGAUGGUUUACUUCAGGCAGUUCAGCCAGCUCAGUCCAGCAGAACAAAAAGUAGCUGCUCUUGUGGGAGUCUCCGAAAGCUUUAUUGGGAAGAAAGCUUCUGGUCAAGCAAUCAGGAAGAAAGUGGACAAGGACAUUGUCAACCGACUGUACCUGUCUUUUAUUCUUUAUACCUUGCUCAAAGAGACCAAUGUUUGGAGCGUAUCUGAUAAAUUUAAUAUGCCUCGAGGGUAUAUACAAAAUCUUCUCACUGGAGCUGCCUCAUUCUCAUCUUGUGUACUACAUUUCUGUGAGGAGCUGGAGGAGUUUUGGGUAUAUGAAGCCCUUUUGGUAGAACUCACCAAGAAGCUGACGUACUGUGUAAAGGCAGAGCUAAUCCCUCUCAUGGAAGUGACUGGAGUUCUAGAGGGUCGAGCAAAACAAUUAUACAGUGCUGGCUACAAAAGUUUAAUACACUUAGCUAAUGCAGAUCCUGAGGUGCUAAUAAAGACAGUUAAUCAUUUAUCAAGACGUCAGGCCAAGCAGAUUGUUUCAUCCGCAAAGAUGCUGUUACAUGAAAAAGCAGAAGCUUUGCAAGAAGAAAUAGAAGAGUUACUGAAAUUGCCUUCUGAUUUCCCUGAUAAUGUGGCUUCUUCCACUGAACAGCCAUAAAGCCAUCUAAUGAACAGUUCUGAAAAUGAAUUAUUUAUUGUACAUGUAUUUUAUUAAGCAUUUCCCCUACUUUAUGAGUGAGAAAUACAUUUUAUUUGUACUCUAGAAAGUGUGGAUUAUGUCUGAAUAUAGCCCUUCCCCAUAAUUACAGUAACCUUUUCCAAAAUAAUCCAUCUUCAAUACUUACACAUUCUUUUUCUGCUCAGAAGUCUAUGGUGCCCACCAAAUAAUGAAGUCCAGCUUCCUCAGCAUACCCUCAACCUACCACUGUAGCCAGACCUUUCCUUAUUCUUUUAUUUAAGUGCAUCCAACUGGACUACUCUUAGCCCUAGGAAUUUCCCUGUGAUUCCCAAACCCUCGUAUUUCCUAACUGCUUUAUGCCCGCAAAUUAUCUUAAAGAUGUACUGUCUCCUUUCAGUGCCAAAUAAAAAUGCUCAAAUGCUGUCUCUUCUGUGA